AUGCAAGUUUAGAAGAGUACAACAAUUAUUCCCAGUUUAAUUGAUCAUAAGCAUGGCCUAUCUAAGAACUGUCUGACCUUCAGUGUAUCCAAAUUUUAUGAGGAAACAAUGACUGCCAGCUUUGAGAUUAACCGAGUUCAAUUAGGAAAUCUACCAAAUAAAAGACAGGAGAAUCUCUGCUUUUUAAUAGAUCAUAAGAAAAUCAAAGAGAAGAAUCAGAGCAUUGCUAAUGCUUCAGAAUUACCUCUUGUCAAGACUUCAAGAAUGCUGAGAACUCCAAAUUCAUUAGAAUAUAUGAAGAGAUAUAACCUGAUUGGCUAUGUUUCAAAUAAAAAAACUAAAAUGAGAUAAGAAAACCAAUUAUAUCUCCAACACUUAAAUGCUCUAAGAAGUUCUCUUGUAGGCUCUUCAGGAAGCCAAGAGAGACAAAUUGAAAGCAUUUACAGCUAUGAAGAUGAGCACUUAUCCUCCAUAUUUAUUUUCUUCGCUCAAUGAUUUUGAAAACUAUAAGUCCCAGAACAAUUUGGUGAAAAUGUGCAAACAGAAAACCACACCACUGAAAAUAGGACUCAUCAUAAAAAUAUCCAGUCUAAACCUCAGAGUUAUUCCAAAACUAGCACAAAGGCGUACAGAUAUUGCUAUAAUGAAAUAAAAGACCGAAACCACUACCUCCAAGGAAGUCCUAGCAUCCACAAGAGCUCAGGAAUCUCUCAAAAUCUCGGAAAUAAGAAAUUUGAAAAGGUGAUACCUGAACAUCAGUACUAAGUUAGAAACAAACUCAAUAUUAGAACUAACAGGAAGGACAGAGUACUCAUCUGAAAGUUCAACGGCUGCAACAGAGAGUUCACAAAGAUUUUGGGACUCAAGGAGCAUUAUAGGGUCCAUACUGGAGAGUAGCCUUUCCAGUGCCAAAGAUGAGGGACAAGAUUUAGCCAGAGAAGAUCCUUACUGAAGCAUAUC